GCUCAUCCCAGCAGCAUCGGGCUUCCUCUGCCCCGCCCCACCCCAUGUUCCGAGGACCCUGGACUGGCUCCCUUCCUGGCACAUGCAGGAUGCUGCCCCUGCUGCUGCUGCCCCUGCUCUGGGCAGGGUCCCUGCAGAGAGAUCCAGGGUUCAAGCUCCAGCUGCAGGAGUCGGUGACAGUGCAGGCGGGCCUGUGUGUCCUGGUGUCCUGCUCCUUCUCCUACCCCUGGACUGGGUGGAAUCCCCCCAGCCAGCUCUACAUCUCCUGGUUCCGGGACGGAGAGGACGGAUACUAUUAUGAUCCUGUGGCCACAAGCCACCCAUCCAAAGAUGUCAAAACAGAAACCAGGGGCCGAUUCCGCGUCCUCGGGGACGUCAGGGCCAACAACUGCUCUCUGAGCAUCAGGGACGCCAGGUUGGAGGACACAGGACGCUACAUCCUGAGAGCAGAUAUAGGACCAAACACAAGACAUUUUUACAGAGAUAAGAAGCUGGCUCUGCAGGUGACAGUCCUGACAGAGAAGCCCGUCAUCCACUUCUUGGAGCCUCUGGUGUCCGGUCACCCAACCAGCCUGAGAUGCCACCUGCCAGGGUCCUGUGAGGAGGGGAGACCUCUCCUGUUCUCCUGGAUGGGGGCCGUCACUAACCCCAUGGACCCCGGGGCCCUCCAGUCCUCAGUGCUCAGCCUCACCCCUCGGCCCCAGGACCACAGUACCAGCCUCACCUGUCAGGUGGAACUCCAAGGAGCCCAGGUGACCACGGAGAGAACCGUCCAGCUCAAUGUGUCCUACGCCCCUCAGAACCUCAGCAUCCGAGCCCUCUUCAGAAACGGCACAGCUCUCCUGGAAGGCCAGGCCCUGCUGCUGUGCUGCUCUGCAGACAGCAACCCUGCUGCACAGCUGAGCUGGUUCUGGGGGCCUCUUACCCAGAAUGCCUCCCACAUCUCUGAUACGGGGAUCCUGGACCUGUCUAGCGUAGGGAUUGCAGAAGGAGAAGCCUUUACCUGCCAAGCUCAGAAUGCACUGGGCUCCCAAAAUGUCUCUGUGCGCCUCCCCUACCCCCCGCGGCUGCUGGGACCCUCCUGCUCCUGGGAGGCCCAGGCUCUGCGCUGCAGCUGCUCCUCCCGCGCCUGGCCCGCCCCCUCCCUGCACUGGCGGCUGGGGGAGGGGCUGCUGGAGGGGAACAGCAGCAAUGCCUCCCUCAGGGUCACCUCCAGCUCCGCGGGGCCCUGGGCCAACAGCUCCCUGAGCCUCCAUGAGGAGGUCAGCUCUGGCCUCAGGCUCAGCUGUGAGGCCCAGAACGCCCAUGGCACCCAGAGCGCCACCCUCCUGCUGCUGCCAGGAAAGUCCAGGGCAGGAGUGGUUCUUGCAGCCCUGGGAGGUGCUGGUGCAGGGGCCUUGCUCUCUCUCUGUCUGUGCCUCAUCCUCUUUUGCAUAGUGAAGUCCUACAGGAAGCACGGGUCUGGGAAACCAGAGGUCAUGGACGACAAGGACCCUGUCAUGGGCACAGUCCCCUGGGGUCCCAGGCAGAAGUCCCGGCCAGACGGCUCCGGAGACCACGCCUGUCCUGCUGAGGGCGCCGCUCUCCCAGGGGAGCUGCAAGAGCUCCAUUACGCCUCGCUCAGCUUCCACGGGAAAGAGCCUCCUCCCCGGCGCGAGGCCACCAGCAGCACCGAGUACUCGGAGAUCAAGACCAGCAAGUGAGGACUCACCCAGAGCGCAGGCCUGGCAGGAGGAAAGGAGAAGUCAGGCCCGAUUGCUGAAGCAUGAGGUAUUUCCACAUUAAUACCGAAACCUAUCCCGGGUGGAGCAGAGAGAGGGCCCUGACUGCAAUAGAGACUUGCGCCCAAACCAGCUCCAGCACCUUCUGGGGCAUUGUUAUCAGGAAAGUCACCUCAUCUCUGUACUCACUUCCCAUCCUGUGACUCAGACAAACCAAGACAUGGAAGUCACAACAGAGGUGUGUGCUUCCUGCUUCCUCCAACAGAAGGUGCCUGCUGGCAAGUUCUCCUGAGGCUGGGGACCAGGGGCAGGGAACAGGCCAGCAGCUUGCAGAAGCCCCCCAGGAAAGACCAGCCCUCCACCUGGUGCUUGGUUCAUGCUGUGAGGCCAGCUGUGCUCUCCAGGGACACCUUUUCACCCCACCUGUCUGCCACGGCCUCCAGCAUACCUCUUCCCCUCCGGUCCCUUCCUGGGCUCCUCCACGGGACCCAGAGGGCUCUGCACAGCCUAAGAGCAGAGGCUGACUUCCCUUGUGGCUCCCUGGCAUCAGACAACAGGUCACAGGCCUCUCCUUCUUCUGGUGCUCCAUGGUCUCCCUGCGGCCCCCACCUUUCCCUGGACCCUUCAUGCUGGUUCACACCACCGGCUUUGCAGCUGCAGCCCCUCCUCCUGGAAGCCAUGCCCCUUGGCUUUCAUCUGGCUCAUGCCUUCCUGCGCUCCAGGCGGGUCCUUGGGUGGAUCCUUGGGCAGGUGGACUGAAGGCAGAACACAUAUACGCCCUUCUCUAAAGCCAAACUCAUUUCGUUUUUUACAUGCUAAGAUAAAAACAGCGACAGGUUUUCUACCAGCACCCAAACCUAAAUAAACAACAACCAUGUUAUUUCCA